AUGACAGAUUCUGAGACCGAGAGCUACGAGGAAUCUGUUGGUGAAACUCCGGAGGAGAGGAUUGAAGCAGCAAAUGAAAUUAAGGCCAAGGGAAAUGAAGCCUUCAAGAUCAAAGACUUUCAAAACGCCAAAAAAUUAUAUGAGGAAGCUAUUGAAAGAUUGUAUGAUGCCAAACCAGAGCUCGAAGCAGCGCUUCACAACAAUGCCGCCGCCGCGUGUUUAGCUAUGAACGAAUAUUUUGAGGCCAUAAGGCACACUGAUGAAGUUCUGCAUCUAGAACCGCAAAAUGAAAAGGCUCUUUAUCGUUGUGCCCAAGCGAAACUUAUGUGCGGUUAUCCUGUUGAGGCCAAGCAGUAUGCUGCUUCCUUGCUUAAAAUAAAACCAACUAGUGCGGAUGCCAGGAGGAUUAUAAAGGAGGCAAAUGCUAAGAUUUUAGUCUAUGAGAACAAGCAGAAGCAAGCAUUCCGCGGUAUAUUUGCCAAAACUGCUGGGAUGUACGAAGAUGUUGAUAAGAAACAGAUGGAUAGAAAGAUGGAAAAGUACGAAAGGGCGAUGCGUCAAAGAGAAGGAAAGGGCCUAGAGAGAGUGGAUAUGAAAACAUGGGAGAAUGAAUUAAUUGAACGCAAACAAGCCCGCGAGGAGGCUAGAAAAAAUGCAGAGAGUGAAGAAGGUUCGACGCCAUCCUCACAACCAUCGACUAAAGCAGAUGAGUUGGAUGAAGAGGAUAAAAAGAUUAUUAGUGAAACUAAAAAGAUGGGGUAUUGCUACUUCAAAGAGCAUGCUGAUAAGGUGGAACAGCAUCUCAAAUCAUUCAAAUCACAAAACUCCAUCCAUACCACACCUGAAGUAGCUGAGGUUAAGGAAAACAAGGCUAUAUCUUCCUGGAACGCACAUGCCACGACUUACGAGGAGAAAGACGUAACCAAGUGGGCCCUUGAAGCCUUCGAUUACUAUAUACGAGGGACUGCAACUAAAAUAAAUGAAUGUGAAGCUACCGUCGCUAUAUUGGAUAUAAACGACUUGGAUGGAGAUGCUAAUAUAUCAGUAAUUAGGGGUACCAAGAGAUACAUGUUUGAGUUUACAUGUUCAAUUGAUUUGAAUGUCAUGUUUGGUGAUAAGGAAGAAUACAAGUUGAAAUUACACUUGAAUGAUAUAUCAAGUGAACUGGUUACUGGAGAGACUUGGAAGGACGAAAUGACUUACUCGUUAACAGGCAUUGACAAAUCUGCACGUGCGAAAGUAUCCGAGAGUAUUGAAUUAUUCAAGGAGCUUCUCUGCACCUCCGUAAGCAACUUUUUCGAGAGAUUUAAACAGAUUAGCUAA